AUGUCUCGAAGAUCAUCCAGAAACACGUCUGUGGUUUCCUCGAGGGAUGGAUAUAUUCCCCAAUCCGAUGAGUUAAUCUUGCCUAGUGUUCCAGUCGAUGAACACAUUCUGCACGACCUAGUGCACCCACAUCAACAGUCAGAACGCACGCUCGUGGACCAGGAUAGGUCGUUCCAGCUUGACCGAGAAGACGAAGAACACGACGAAGAAGUUACAGCAUGGAAGGUACUGCCGUGGUGGAAAAGACCGUCCCCCUACUGGUUGGUAUUUGCCACGCCUCUGGCAUCGAUAGGCUUCUCUGCAGUCAUUGGUCCUCGGGUGGAGAUGUAUACUGUUCUCGCAUGUCGUGUUCAUGCGCCCGGGAAUGAGUUACAGUAUGAUCCGAACGACACGCUACAGAGUCUAGCUCAGCUACAUUCAAUGUUAUCCAUGAACGCGGCGAGGACCCUACAUGACGGAUCGACUCUAUAUGACCCCAGUGCCCCAGUUGUGUCUCCUCAGCCUGUGUCUCUAUACGUCCCCGCAGAUACAGGCCACCAACAGUCACACAUCCCCAACCGCGACCAAUGCGCGUCCGACCCAGUCGUGCAAGCUGCCGUCGCGCAAUUGUCUGCAGUUCUGAACACUACUAUGGGUAUUUUGAGCUGCCUCUCAACCGCUUGGUGGGGUUCGCUCGCAGACCGUUUUGGUCGAACAUCAGUCAUGGGCAUCUCGAUGCUCGGUUUGCUUGCUAAUGAUUUAAUUUUUAUUGUCACUGCAUUCUUUGUGGAAAGGCUCCCGGGCGGAUACUGGUUCUUGAUACUCGGGUUUGCAUUGGACGGUAUGGUUGGUGGGAUGACCACUGGGAUUGCGGCUUCCCAUGCCUAUCUCGCCGACAGUACCCAUCGUUCUGAGCGAUCUGGUAUGUUUUCUCUAGCAUUGGGCACCAUGUUUUUUGGUGUAGCCCUCGGUCCUGUCAUUGGAGGCAUCUUGAUUCGGGCGACGGGCUCGACACUUUCCACGUUCUAUUUAGCUGCAACUGUCCACGCGCUGCACGCUGCUUCCAUGUUUCUGAUCAUCCCCGAAUCCCAGACAAAAGCGAGAGCAUUUGGCGCCCAGAAAAGACGACAGGCGUCACUUGAAAGGCGGAAUGAUGGCACUCUGAGGGUUGCAUCCCUCUUAAAGGGUGCCAUGAGGUUCUUCAGCCCUCUAGCGGUUCUCCUGCCUGAGCCUAUUAGUGUUGACGGAAAUCCACUCAAACGCUCCAAGAGAGAUUGGAGUUUAUGCUUCAUCGCUGCUAGCUAUGGAUUCACCAUGUCCCUGAUGGGUCUGGUGACGUACGUAUUACAGUAUGCUGUAGGAAAUUUUAAGUGGUCAUCGGAAACGAUUAGCUACUACGUGGCCUUCACUGGAGCUGUUCGUGCACUGUUCUUGGCUGUCAUCUUGCCUGUUAUCAUCAAGCUUCUGAAGCCGACGCCCGUGCAGCUCCCUACUGCCCCAGAUGAGCCACUUCAGAACUUGUCGUCACAGACCCAUCCAAGUAGGCAGAACAACGCAAAACCACCCUCUCAUUCCUCGAAAUUUGAUCUCAAUCUCGCUCGAAUCUCUGUCGUUCUUGACAUUCUUGCGUUCGUGAUAAUGAUAUUUGCUUCCAAUGGUCUCGUCUUCGCCUCCGGAUCUAUCUUGCAAUCACUAGGCGCCGGGUACUCGCCUGCUGUCCAAGCAUUCGCGCUCGAUGUUUACAACAGAAGAGGAGGAAAGGGUGAAGCUGGAAGGCUUUUUGGCGCCAUUAGUGUUGUACAAGCUCUCGGUUCUCAGAUCCUGGGUCCCGCAAUGUUUGGCUUUGUGUAUUACAAGACCGUCGCGACCUUCCCUGGUGCAAUUUUUGUUUUGACCGUGGUGCUGAUGAUAAUUUCUCUCGUCUUGCUAGCACUAGUGCACCCACCUACGAGCGAGGAUGAUGUUGAAGGUACAGUUCCAGUGACCCGUGUUGAGAUAACUCGGGAGGAUACUCUUGUUCUCAUUGAUGAUGAUGAAGAGCCGAGAGGAUGUGACACUCAGAAGUCAACAUAG